GCGCGAGGCGGCUUCACUUCCGGCGGCGGCGGCGCGGCGCGCGCGCGCGCAGCAGCGCUUCCGCUUCCUUCUCCUUCGGCGCGCUCGGGCCGAGAGAGCAGCGACCGGGCCGCCCCGCCCAGGCCGCAGCCAUGACUGAGGCAGAAGUGAAUCCCAAAGCUUACCCUCUGGCUGAUGCACAGCUUACCAAAACACUGCUGGAUCUUGUGCAACAAUCUUGCAACUAUAAGCAACUACGCAAGGGAGCCAAUGAAGCCACCAAAACACUGAACCGAGGGAUAGCGGAGUUCAUUGUGAUGGCAGCAGACGCAGAGCCCUUGGAGAUCAUCCUGCACCUCCCUCUUCUCUGUGAGGACAAGAACGUCCCUUAUGUAUUUGUGCGCUCCAAGCAAGCUCUGGGCCGGGCGUGUGGUGUUUCCCGGCCUGUCAUCGCCUGCUCCAUCACCAUUAAGGAGGGAUCACAGCUAAAGCCUCAGAUCCAGUCUGUUCAGCAAGCUAUAGAAAGACUGUUGGUCUAAAUGCCCCUGAGUUUAAGUGUGAGUGGAACAGGAAAGUUGAGGUCAGAGGGAAUUAAUGUCUAGCUUCAGUUGAGAUUAUAAUUUUUAUAUCAGUGUUUCAUUUCAAAGCACCACACUUUUUGUUUAAUAAUGGCUUCAUUCCUGGUGUUUCUGCCUCUGCUUCCCCCUCUUUUUUAUUCCACUCCAAUGCAUUCAUUCUCAUGGUAUUACUUCUGGAAAAGUGAUUGUACAACUGUAUUUCCUAUUUGAUGUUGAAAAGAAAGACAAAAACAUCGCCCCUUUUUUUUUUCCAUGUUUGCCUGCUCAGGGGUUUUUUAACCCACCCAGGAGCUUCCUCUGCAUUGCAGUAUUUCUGCUAAGGUUCAGCUUCUAACAGGCGUGAUUAACUCUGUGUUUCUGAACGGUUUGGUCUGCUGAGGGUAAGGCAGGUCGGUUUCCUGCGCAGCGCGUUUGUGCGCAGGGCUGGAGUUCUUGCUGUAAGUAAUGGAAAGUGUAUAAAAGGCAGUAGCAGCAGGGGACAGAGCCAGGUUCAGUGCACACAGCACAACCUUUUUUCUUCUCAAAACCAGACGAGAUUUCUGUGAGAGCUGUAUGGGGAGCAGAAAUCUUGCGGCAGUGCACAAGGGGAAAUCUCUUAUCUCACUUAUUUUUAAGUAUUGACUUUUUAAGAAAAAUAAAAUUGCUGACAAAGCUGAA